AUGUGGGAACUGCGGUCAGCCUCCUUCUGGAGGUCCAUAUUUGCUGAGUUCUUUGCCACCCUCUUCUAUGUCUUUUUUGGACUAGGGGCUUCACUGCGUUGGACCCCUGGACCCCUGCAUGUUCUGCAGGUGGCUCUGGCCUUUGGCCUGGCCCUGGCUACGCUGGUGCAGGCUGUGGGCCACAUCAGUGGAGCCCAUGUCAAUCCUGCAGUCACUUUUGCCUUUCUUGUGGGUUCCCAGAUGUCGCUGCUCCGUGCCUUCUGCUAUAUGGCAGCCCAACUCCUGGGAGCCGUGGCUGGAGCUGCCGUGCUGUAUAGUGUUACCCCGCCUGCCGUUCGAGGAAACCUAGCACUUAAUACGUUGCACCCUGGGGUAAGUGUGGGCCAGGCCACCACGGUGGAGAUCUUCCUGACACUCCAGUUUGUGCUCUGCAUCUUUGCCACAUACGACGAGAGGCGGAAUGGCCGCCUGGGAUCUGUGGCCCUGGCUGUUGGCUUCUCCCUCACCCUGGGUCACCUCUUUGGGAUGUAUUAUACUGGUGCAGGCAUGAACCCUGCCCGCUCCUUUGCUCCUGCCAUUCUCACCAGAAACUUCACCAACCACUGGGUAUACUGGGUGGGCCCAAUCAUUGGAGGAGGACUAGGCAGUCUCCUCUACGACUUUCUCCUCUUCCCCCGGCUUAAGAGUGUUUCUGAGAGACUGUCUAUUCUCAAGGGUGCCAGGCCCAGUGACUCCAAUGGACAACCAGAGGGCACAGGGGAACCUGUUGAACUGAAGACCCAGGCCCUGUGAAAGCUCCAGUUGGCCAGAGGGAGUAGGAAGCUUCUGGGUUUAUUCAGAGGGGCUGAGCCAGCCCCUGGAUGAAGAAAGAGACUGGGGGAGGGACAUGUAUUUCUUUAUUUUUUAAUUUAUG